AUGGUCUUUGUGCUCUGGGGUCCUAAGAGUGAAGGCGAUUGUGGCUCGAAGGUCGGCCGCAAGAAACUACCGCAACCCACCAACUACCCGACCCACCAAGCAGACUUCAAGAUUAGCGGAAGUACGAGGAUGCUCACUCUCACCACAACCGGCCCUGCCACAACAGUCACGAUGUUCGUCCGCCAAGCUGAUAACAGCCAAUCAACAUCCAAUACCUCAUCCACACCCUCCAGCACCAGCACUCCCGCUGUCGACCCUUUAGCAGUCGUCGUUGGUCAAAGCGCCUACUACCGCACCUGUCUGGUUGGUGUGAGUCUUGUGCUCGCCUUCCUGGUUCUUGGUUUGAUGGGCUACUUUCUCUAUCCAGUCUACAAGCGUGUUCGUGCUAGGAAGCAGAUCCAGGAGACUCGUCAAUGGCCAAGUGCACCAACGAUAUCUGCUCCACAAGCGGUUCCCAGGGCGCCCUCUCGCGCUGCGAGUAAGGCUGAUGACGGGUUUGAGAUGGCGUCGGUGUCCACCAAGAGUUCGCGACCUGAUGCUGCUUGGUUCUCGAAGAAGAGGGCUGGUGGGUACGGCAAUCAGAUAAUCUGA